AUGAGUACGCAUGCGUUUAAGGAUUGUUAACCAGUUUAAAAAAAAACAUGUAACUGGUUGCUGGUUUGUGUCAGGACUGUACGCACUGCAAUUGAAUUUGGCAAAUAUGAAUAACCUGGAAGAAGAUCUUACAUGUUCAGUGUGCUACUCGCUGUUCGAUGACCCCCGCGUGCUGCCGUGUUCCCACACUUUCUGCAAAGGUUGCUUGGAAAAUGUUCUUCAUGUAUCUGUCAACUUCUCAAUAUGGAGGCCCCUAAGAAUUCCACUCAAGUGUCCGAACUGCAGAAACAUUGUGGAGCUCCCUCCAACAGGAAUUGAUUCCUUGCCAGUAAAUGUGUCCCUGAGGGCCAUCGUAGAAAAAUAUCAAAGAAACGAUCAACCAAAAUCGGCUUUGUGUCUGGAACACCAAGGACAGCCAUUGAACGUCUAUUGUCUGCGGGAUCGUCAACUGAUUUGUGGAUUGUGCUUGACUGUAGGCCAGCACCAGGGGCACCCUAUAGAUGACCUGCAUACUGCCUAUAUCAAAGAAAGGGAGACUCCAGGGAAGCUUGUGGAGCAGUUGACUGAUAAACGCUGGGCUGAAGUGUGCCUUCUGGUGGAAAGGCUGGAGGAACAAAAAGUCAAAUGUGAGAACACAAUAAAGCAUGACAAGGAAGCUGUUGUGCAGUACUUUGAAAAGAUUCAUCAGAUUCUGGAAAGCAAGAAACAGGCUUUCCUAGCUGUACUGGAGGAAGCCAGCGCUGAAGUUUUGAGUGAGUAUGACCCAGUUAUUGAAAAGCUCAAAGAUAUCAGGGAAGAACAGCUGGAUCUCAUUUCAUAUAGCACAGCUGUUGAAGAAGAGGAGUCCCCUCUGGUGUUUCUUGAGAAGAUUCAUACCUUUCGAGGAAGAGUUGCUGCCCUGACAAAAUCAUGUCUGCCUAAUGUGGUACCUUUGGAGAUCUAUCCAAGGGCAGAGGACUUUCUAAAACAGACGUGGUCAGGAAUUACCAUUGGGAAGCUUGACAAAGUGCCAAUACCCAAUAUCAACUGCUGUUCUGUGUGGUGCACAAGAAGAAUUGUUGAUAAGAAUUUAAACAGACUGUGGGGUUCCUUUAUUAAUUUGUGGAAUCCAUUUGUGCUCUUAAUAUUUUUUCUGCUACUAAGCCUAUUCUCAUUUGAAGUGUUAUUUAGCGAAGAUUUUUUUGUUAUUCAGUUCAACAACUUUUCAGUCCUUCCUCAAAUUAAUCUGAUGGUUAAAAGUUGUGUAUACGAAACGACUGCUGCUGCUGUAUACCCUGUGCAAGAGGGAGCCGUUUACCUGUGCUCGCUUACGGUGGACUUUCUCAUUUACCUUGAGGAAACAGUAAAACUUCAUAUUGCCUCUAUCUGUAAGAUUUUUUCUAAUUAAUUGAACACAAUCAAUACUAUGUAAAAUGUUCUAUUAACAUUUGUAUGCAAAUAAUUCCACAAAGAUAACCCUUCUUCAUUUAGGAAAUUAGCAUAUUGAGUUUCGCUCAAAGGCAUUAGGUAGAAGUCCAUACUAUUAUAUUGGGUUAUGCUUAUGACAAGCUUGAAAAACAAAACUGGAGGCACAACAGAUCAUUUCAAAUGUAUUAAAAUUGUAAAUAUCCCAUUUGUAUUAGACAAACUGUUAAAGCAUUGUAAUUGAUAAUUGCUUUAUGUCCCACCUUACUGUUUUUAAAAUGUGCAUCAAUCCUAUCUGGUUUUGUAGCAUUUAUACCAAUGUAUGUUUUGAUUUUUAGAAAUGUGAAUUAAGUCACAAGGAAAUACUGUUAAAUCUUUACAUUUUACAUACUCCAUAUAUGAUUAAUAGCAUUUUUUUUUGUAAACCACCUAAAUAAAGUUUCAAUUUCUACAAUACCAAA